AUGAAAGAUCCCCGCCCAAGACCCAUCCGCAAUUUUCUUCUUCUCUUUGCUGAUCGUUGUGAUGAAACAACAACAACAACAUCCACACCACAAAACCCAUCGAAAGGGAAAAAAUCAUCGUCUUCCCAUCACAAUGACCAAAACGAUUUAAUUAAACUUCAGGAGAAAGAUUUAGCAUGGGUUCAGGAUGGCAUCGGAUACAAGACCCUCUUUCUUCGAAUUCUUUCCUUUUUGGACCAAUAUGAUUUGGCGCAGAGUGUUCAACCUGUGUGUAAAUUAUUUCAAAAUUUUGCAAAUUGUGAUUUGUUAUGGGAACAAUUGUUUUGGAAUUUGUUCACUCAUCAUUUUGAGCUCACAAAAGAAGAAAUCUCUGAAAAGUAUUUGAACCCUCCAAACCUAGAUUCAAGGUUAGGUAUUUACACCCAACAAACUCUAAUUCCUGAAAAAUCUUGGAAAUUCAAAGUUGUUAAUGGUGUGAGAUUGUACUAUUUAAAUCACACCACCGACAGCUAUAGCAGUAGUACUCCAGGAGAAUCUGGUAUUUGGAGAUUGGAAUGUUCAGAGUGUGGGGCAGAUUUUCAUCACAGAGAACCAUAUAUUUAUGAUGAAGAAUCAGAAGAUUAUUUACAUUUGGAUUGUGUGGAUAAGGAAAGAUUUCAUGAAAAGGUUGAACAUUAUGCUCAAUUCCAAAUAGCAAGUUAUUUUUCAAGAAAAGUGAUCAUUGAGACCUUCUUUAGAAGACGUUUAAUUGGCAAGAAUGAAGAUGAUGAAGUAUCUGAAGAAUCUGUGGUCGAGUACACUUGUGAUGUUUGUGGAGAUCCCAUUCACACAAUCAGAUAUUCAUGUCUUGAUUGUGAGUUUGAUCUUUGUGGAUACUGUUGUGAAAAGUUAGUUUAUAAUCAAAAAGGAGUUGACAUGCCAUUUUGCAAAGGAGUAGAACAUCCACUCGAUCAUACAUUCCUCACUGUUGGGCAAGAAUAUUGUGACACGUAUUCAUGCAAUUUAUGUAAGGAAAAGAUUCGUGGAUUUAGAUAUCACGACCCUUCCAAAGACAACUUUGAUCUUUGUACAUUGUGUUUCAAAACAAAACGUGAUCCCAAUAUUGACUAUGAAAAAAUGGAUCAUCAUGAAGAGAUUGUUACUGAAGCAUUCUAUGCAGAACUAUGUCACAAGAUGCAUCUUCAAGAAUUGAAAGAAGUCUACAAGAAUGUAUUUGACAUGACGGUCAAGGGAGCGAAAUCUGAACUUGCUGACGAAUUGUUGGAAUUAUUGGAAGAGAAAAAAGAAAGAAAUACUCGCCCUAGAUUGUGCACACUUGUUUCUAAUGUACCUAGAUUUUGUUGUAAAGAUGAUGAAGGUAAUGUGUUGACAAAAGAUGCUAUGGACGCAUUGGUUGCAAGUUUGGAUUUGGUUGAGGAAAAGGUGAAACCUCCCAAAAAGAAAUCAAAAAAAGCCAUCGUUGAUGAUGAGGAAUAG